CAACGGACAAGGCGCGAUUGCGGCUCCGUCGAGGAUUAUGGAGUUCCUGAGCGACAAAUUCGGCCUCAAGAGCCCCCCUGCGGCGGCCAGCAAAGGAGGCGAUUUCUACCUGGCCUCCGGGGGCCCCCUGGAGCACGUCAUGGAAACGCUGGACGGCGGCGAGGCCUUCUACGGCAAAGGCGGAGGCAAAUGCGUGGCGCAGGCCACUUACAAUCCCCACGCCAGGCUGGAUAGGGCGUCCCCGGCCAGGGACGGCUCCGUGAACUAUGGGAUUACCAAAGUGGAAGGUCAGCCGCUUCACACCGAGCUGGGCAGGCCGCUGGACAACUGCAGCAACCUCCGCAUGUCUCCCGCCAAAGGGAUGCAGGAAAAAGGAGAGCUGGAUGAACUGGGAGAUAAAUGUGACAGCAACGUCUCCAGCAGCAAGAAGAGGAGACACAGGACCACUUUUACCAGUUUGCAGCUGGAAGAGCUGGAGAAAGUGUUCCAGAAAACGCAUUACCCCGAUGUUUAUGUACGGGAGCAGCUGGCUCUGAGAACAGAACUCACCGAGGCCAGAGUUCAGGUCUGGUUCCAAAACCGAAGAGCCAAGUGGAGAAAAAGAGAACGGUAUGGGCAAAUCCAACAAGCAAAAAGUCAUUUUGCUGCCACCUAUGACAUAUCUGUUCUACCAAGGACUGAUAGCUACCCACAGAACUCGGAGUCACCCAAAGAAGUUGACUGGCAGCAGGUUCAGGACAGACAGAAGGAGAUCCAGAAUAAUUUGUGGGCAGGAAAUGCAGCGAGCGGGUCUGUGGUGACUUCCUGCAUGCUUCCACGUGACACCUCCUCUUGUAUGACCCCUUACUCCCAUUCGCCUCGGACAGAUUCUGGGUACUCGGGUUUUUCAAACCAUCAGAGCCAAUUUGGCCACAUCCCCCUCAACAAUUUCUUCACUGACUCUUUACUUUCUGGAACCACCAAUGGACAUGCAUUUGAAACCAAGCCAGAAUUUGAACGGAGGUCUUCCAGUAUUGCAGUUCUACGAAUGAAAGCCAAAGAACAUACUGCUAACAUCUCCUGGGCCAUGUAAUGUAAGAGAAUGCCUUUCCUGUUUCAGUGUUUGGGCAAAAGAAGAGAGAGAGAGAGAGAGAGAGAGAGAGAGAGAAUCCCACCAUUUCGUAUUUCCCAUAUUUAAAGGACUCAACAAUAAGCUGCUGUGUGAAGAAUUGCUAGCAAUCAGGAUGUACAAAGAAGCCUGCUUAAGCAAAAUGCCUGAUAUGCUAUUUAACAAUAACUUUUAAGCAUAAAUGUGUAGGAGGCCCCAAAAUAGAACCACCGUGUGCCGAUCUCCAGAAGCCCUUUUAAAAAUAGGCAAAUAGGUUUUACUGUACCAGUUGA